AUGGGGAGCAAGGUGGCGGUGCAGACGGAGACCGUUCGAGUGGUUGGAGCGACCAGCUCUUUCUCCAAUGGCACCUACCCGGAAGGAAGCGUGAUACCCAUCACAGUGAAGUUUUCCGUCGAGGUGUACGUCAUGUACGGGGUGCCGUCCCUGUUGCUCAACGUGCGUGACACCGCCGCAACCGACGACAAUGAGACCACAAUAGCUCCAUCGGACGGCACCGGCAUCGCCUACGCCAACUACACGGCGGGCAACGGAACAUCAGAGCUCCUGUUCGCGUAUACCGUGGAACGCGGCGACGCCACAGACCGCCUGGACUACUCUUCCCCCGCGGCCGACGCACUUUGGGCACCUUUCGGAGCCAUCGUCGCCAAGGACACUACGCUCGGGUGGCCGGUUUACCUGCGGAGCUUGCCGGAGCCGGGCGCGGAGGACUCUCUUGGCUGGAACACGGACAUUGUCAUCAGUGACGAGGUUCUGCUGGUGGAGCGGGUGUGGUCGACAACGCCCGAGGGCACCUAUGGGGCGGGGGAAGAGAUCGACCUGCUGGAUGCCACCGAGAACGCUCUCGUGUUCACGUACGCGGUGCAGGAAGGGCACGAGACCGCGGCGCUGGAGGUGGCGUCGUCUUACGCUCUCAACGGGACAGUGCACCUGAAUGCCACGUACGCGACGUCAUCGAUCAACAUCACCCUCCCGGAGGCCGGGGAGCCGGAGAGCCUGAGCUACGACCGGACCAUCGAGAUCGACACAACCGCGCCCGCCGUCCUGAAUGCCACGAGCACCCAGCCCAACGGGACGUAUGCAACGAGCGCCGUCAUCGGCGUAACCGUCCGUUUCAGCUCCCCCGUUGUGGUCGUGAACGGCGGGGAUUACCCGGCCAACUGUACUGCCGGCGGUAGCGGUGAUGGUAGUAGCAGCAGUGAUGGCGAUGCCGCGUGGUGUGAAGGGCUUCCGGUGCUCCAGCUCGACGCGAGCGGGGAGCACGGGGACAAGAACGCGACGUACGCCGGCGGGAACGGGACCGCCGACCUCUUGUUCGAGUACGAGGCACGUGUGGCGGAGGGAGAUGGAUCGAGCCGACUCGACUACGCAUCCACUGCCGCCCUGUCUGCAGGGAUUGGGGACAUCCUUCGCGCGAGUGCUAACCCUUCCACCCCGGCUGACAUCUCGCUGCCGGCGAAGGGCACAGCGGGAAGCCUGGGCUGGUCGUCAGAGAUCAUCGUGGACUCGUCCACGGGGUACAUCUUGGAUGUAAACUCGACCAAACCGGACGGUGUGUACGGCAUAGGGGAGCAAAUCUACAUCGACGUCUAUCUUUCGACAGCUGUGACCGUCACAGGCACGGUGUUUUUGGAGCUGAACGCAGGCCCCGAAGUGGUGGGAGUGUACGUUUCCGGCGGUAGCAGCGACGACGGCGUGUUGACGUUCCUGUACACCGUCUCCGAGGGGGAUGCCACGCCCGACCUAGACACCGACGGGCAAAAUUCUGUGGUGGUUCCCGAAGGCUCGAGCAUCCGGGGAUGGUUGGGGAUGAACAAAGACCUGACGAUCAACACCCUUCCUCCGUACGUGCUCGACGUCGCGUCCAGCAAACGAAAUGAGGAGUACGGUGCGGGAGAGGAGAUCGAGAUCACGGUGACCUUCGACUACCCGGUCGUGGUUGUAGCCGGCGCGGUUUUGCUGAUCGACACGGGCGGAACGACGACCUCGGCCGAGGCCAUCUUUUCGUCCGGCAACGGCAGCGCCGCGGUCACCUUCCUCUACACCGUGUCGCAGGGAGACGAGUCGGUGGACCUCGGGACUUUCGAGGGUGGCGACGCCGGACAGGGCGGCGGCCUGGUCGGAACCGUUCUUCGCGACUCGGACAACCCUUCUCAGGAGGCCAAUACGACGCUGCCAGUGUCCGGCGAGGACGGUAGCCUGACGGUGAACAACGACAUCGUCAUCGACACCACUGCGCCCUACGUAAUCGCCGUGCUUUCCUUGAGGGAAGGCGUGUACACCGUGGGCCAGGUCGUCGACCUGCAGGUGAUCUACAACAAGCCUGUGAACGUGAGCGGCACGCCCCGCGUAUCCUUCGUCCUCGACUCGUCCAACAGCACCACAUCGUCAUCGGACUCUCUCGUUUACGCCUACGCCUACUACGACGCCUCGUUCGACAUCGGCAGCUUCGCAGACGAGCACAGAGCCCUGUCCUUCGUAUACACGGUUAGAGACGGCGAUGAGAUGUCGCACUUCAAGCAUACAGGAUCGGAUGCACUGGAGCUGUACGGCAACGCUACCAUCAAGCGAGCCUCCACGACCCCCACCACGGACGCGCUCAUCAACCUGCCGGCUUCAGAAGGGGGAUCCCUUCUGGACCUAGUCACCAAAACCGAGGUUAUCGUCCGCGGGCUCUACCACGCGGACGCAUCGGAUCUCGAGAUCACCGUGUUGCACCAGGGGCACUCUUGCGUGCUGUCUGCCUCGGCCGAGACGAUGGGGGACAGUAGCAGCUAUAGCGCCAGACCCGCCGGAGUGCAGUUCGGAGUGCCCGAGGAACGCCGACACAUGCGAGGGUUUGGACCGAAUCCAGCCGCGUCGACUGGCGCACCUUCGCGACCGGCAUAUUGGCACAGAGGGAUAGGCUACGACUACGCCUUCGCCGACGUCGUCGGAGAGAAUGUGGCCAAGCACGAACAAGCGGUGUCGAGGCAGAGUUCCACCAUAUUCGGGGGCGUGUCAGGGGCAGCAGUUGACGGCCAGCUUAGCCGAUUUUUCUCCGACGGAUCGACCACGAUGACUUCCCUCGAGACUCAGCCGUGGUGGCAGGUAACGCUUACUAAAUCGUACACCUUGGGUUACAUCCGUCUCUUCGGGCGAGAGGACGAGGUCGUGAAACCCGAGGUCCAGACGAUAACACUCAGGAGCAACAACGCGCUGGGAGGAAGCUUCACGCUGAACUUCACGGAUUCUCUGGGCAUCAGCAGCUUGACCGAUGAUAUCCAAUACAACGCGGUCGGAGCGCUCGGAGAAGAACGAGGCAACGGCACGGGCACCGGUUCGGGGGAAUCGUUGGAGUCCAAGCUGGAGGAGCUCUCCGGCAUCACUUCGGUUGAGGAUGAGGACGUGUACCAGCGGACGUGGACGGUGACGUUUGUGUCUCCUUCUGGCGACGUGCCUCAGAUAGGGCUUGGGUCUGAUGACGGCCUGACCAGCUUUGGAAACACGUUUACUUUCGCCACGAUUCAGGACGGCACGACCCCAGGAGGGGUCUAUGUUGAUGGGGUCAGCCACUCCAUCAACACGAUGCACGGGCCUAGCUGGGUGAUGGUAUUCAAUUCCACGGAGGCCGCGGAGGGAUUGGAGUCUCUCGAGGAGGCCAAGGCCGCCGCCAGCUACUCUGUUUACCUCCCCGAUAACGAGCCCGAGGUCAACAUGCCCAUCCCGGGCGGGGUCGUUGGUCGCGUCAUCCGCGUUCAGCUGGAAGGGACCGGCUACCUAUCUAUCUCGGAGCUACAGGCGUACGAGCUGUCGUUCUUACCCUUCUCCAAGUCAACGCGGUCGAACCCUGUCCCAGUCCGAGAAGAGUGGGACCCGAUCCAUGCGGAAGAGAGCCUGACGGCCGCCUUCAUGGGCACCACCGUCAGUGGACAGUGGACGCUUCGGCUCCGGGACACGACGGCAAUGGAAGUGGGCACCGGUAUCGGCAGGGCCGCGAAUCGGCACGCCCACGGGGACGGAGGCGUCGCUGGUUGGGAGCUGGUGGUGACGGACUUUUUCGGCAACGUGUUCCGCUUCACGACGGACUCCGUUGUCACGGUGGAAACACUUCCCAAGUACGGCCGGCUGUUCGCAGGAGCGUCCAACGCCGCGGAAGCCCUGACAGCAGCAUCAACAACAACGACAACCGUAACCAUCAACACCACCACCGCCACGAACUACCAAGAGACCAGCACAGCGUACCAAAUUACCGCUGCGGAUGGAUUCGAUCGCCACCUCGGUACUUGCCACGCGGUCGGCGGCGGCGACCGCGGGGAUCGUUCCCGUAACUGUCCGGACAUGUUCGGCUCAGGCCCGAGCCUGUCAACAAGGUCGCUCGGGGCCGUGGCGGCGAGGAAUCGGGUGCAAGCCGCACCUGGGGGCGGGGCUAAGUUCUGGUACUUGCCAGAGGAGGGCUACCUUGGCCCCGACGACUUCGGGUUCAGCGUCACCGUCGCAGGGGUCAAGUCAGAGGACGCCUGGGUGGUUGGGGUGCACACGCGAAGGUGUCGUCUCUUCGAGGAAGGCGACGCGCACGACCUGUGCCUGUGUAAAAGCCCGGUCAUACAGGUCGAUCAGGAUCAACAGGCCCUUUGCUACUCGGCUGUGGAGAGUGUGUGCGCGAGCGAACUGUCCGGGUUGGGGGGCAACAAGACUGAUUCUAAUACAAGGCUCAACACCAAGAUCAAGGUUCGCAUGUGCAAGGCGUGUGACAUCACCUACCGGGGUCAGGUGACCUCCACACCCGAGACCUUCUCCGAGUACACGUCUGAAUGCCUCGCGGAGAUCGGAAAGAUCGGUGAUUGGCUGGUUACCGAGGGGUACUGUCAAGAUACGUACACGUUCCCGGUGUGCGACAACGAGGCCUUCGACCCCGUGGGAAACCCUAUCGAAGGCCCUAGCCUCGGGGCGGCUAGGUCUUUGCGGCUGGAGGGCUUGGGUACCAAGCAGACGGAUAGGACCGACAUUAGACGGAGGUCUGGGUCUGGAAGUGCGGAUGAUGGGGAGGAUAGUAGAAAAUGUAGGUGCACCCAGGCACCGGAGGGGUGCCCUUGCCGGGAUCAAGCGUGGGCCACACGGGACCAGGGUUGAGGAUCGAGCGGUUGGUGUCGUUCUUCUUGACUCUACGUGGUGCUGAAGCAUUGAACAUCUGUCGGCCUGGGUCAUUGGACUGUUGACCUUGAUCUGAAAAAACAGUAAAUAUACGUUUGUGAAGCACGGACCGAACCUACCUGUUGUUGUAAAAAUAUGAUUUACGAUUGGUAACAGAUGUUUCGCUGAUCAAGUUUGAUUCUCUCCCUCAUUGAUUGAUUGACUCCACGGUGCUUGCGUGCAACUGCUGGAACCAGUAGGAGGAUAUCACCUGACUGCUAGGGUCUCGAAUCAAAUCACUCGUGUGGUUUUGGCGAAUUAGACGCUUGUAGCCUCGAAUAUCUAAAUGAUUGUUAUCUUGUUCACACCAUCUUGAAAUUGGUUGGUUAAGCUAGGGCGUGUAAUUUGAUUUCUUGGACAGCUAUUGGCGUUUUGAAGGAGGCAAGAGGGGGGCAUCGACUACCAGUAGAACUACACAACCACAGCAGCACUGGCGUGUGAGCUGCAGCUUGAGAUUCUCUAGCCGCUCAGGGAAGCCGUUAAGUACUGAAUGAGUGGACCUGCGAUGUGUUGCUUGUGUCUACUGCAGGGUGUGUGCUGUCUCUCGACGUUGCUCGGAUAUUAACCACAAGUGUUGGCAAGGCAGGCGCGUGAAGGCAGUAUUUUAUCCGUGUCUCCACCUCCUACAGAAGACCCACGAUCGAUACAUCGAACACAACCGCCGCUUUCCUCUCACGGACACCGCUUAGAAUCAAUGUCCACAAAAAACUAUAUAGGUGAAGUUACGUGGAAGAUUAAAGUGGAAAAUUGUUGUAAUUGUUUAAAAUUAAGAUUGCGGCUGGCCAGUCGCACUGCCACCCGUUGAUGGAGAUAACAAUUGCUACAAAAUUGGUACCAUAAUAAAGGUCCGUGCGUACCGCAUGGUGAGCACUAUCGCUAUCACGCACUGGGUAGAUGCAGCACGGGAUGAGAGUUGUAUCUAUCGAUGUGGAACAACCACAAAGUGGACGCUUUCACCCACACAACGCCGCAGUCAAAUCUCGCAAAGUGCUUACACGUGCCAGUCACCUACUUACAUCACGUGGCACGUCUGCCAGAAAUGAGUCCUGAAGGUACAGCACCACUAGAGAAUAUAUUCGAUGUUAGAUAUUCUACCCCCCUCUCUCACAUGACGAUGCCCUGCAGCAGCAAAUUCGUUCGCUACCGCUCGGCCCGUUAACGCGUCCUGCCCCAACAGUGCAAGAAAAACGCAUUUUACCAACACUAACGUAUACCACCAACGUCUAUUUUUCUCCCCCACCCCUCCUAUUCCCCACGUGGGUAGAACCUCCCAUCGUUUGACAUAGGAUGCGGGUCUCGACACUCGACACGGAUGGUAUCCAGCACAUCCAAUGACCUCGUGCCAGACUCAGUUAAACGAAGAAUAUAUAUUAUCACCAUCGUGGGUCCCCGUCCCUUGUGGCUUGCCUCUUUCAACAUUUGGCACUUCAACACCUCCACGCAGGCAAGCGGGCGGGUAUUUGAGGUGACACCUUGUAUAGUGGCCAUGGCUGGACCACAACACGGGAUAUUUAGAGCUACCACCAGCUACAGUCUAUGUAGCGGAACGGCGAGCAUGAGCCCGGAGUCCGCACGCUAACAUCUAAACCACUCCACAACCACCAGUACGAGGGUCUGCGGCCGGCGUACGACCACUCCAAAACACCGAAAGCUCGGUACUGCUGUCAGCCGCUGUCCCCUUAGAACGUGUGUGAGCACUUCAAUGAUAUUACCGGCAGCGGCUUUUGUAUAGCUAAGAACCAAUCAAUACCCCACGACGAGACAACACGAACGAACCAUCUCAGCAAAAUCAAAACACGGAGGCCGCAUCGACGCAAGACCGUCAAGCCUAAUUUCUGCAAGCAACCGCACAAAAUGAAACCACAACGACUGGGGUAGCGUUGGCGCAGGACCUGCGAAUGCCACGCAUUGAGUAGCCUUGACAACCUAGUUGCUCGUACUGUCCUAUGGGUGUGUUUCGCAUUCUCCCACCGAAAAACUUUAUGCACAGUAGUCAACCUUCACACCACUAUCACCUGAUUCUGUGUUAGUAGAUGGGCUGGGUCGGUGUUGGGUCGGUAAACGCAAGGCAAACGAAGACCACAACAUCCGCCACGACCACCAAAGCCCCGCAAAGCAGAGCCAGCAGCAUGAGAACCAGGACCGCCCUCAUGAACACCCUCCCCGCUCCCAUCGCAGAAACACCAUGGUGAACC